AUGGUGCUGGACUCACCCUGGCUAACAGACUGGAUGCAAAAGAACACGAAAUGCUUGAGGCAUGCUUUCGUGCAGUAUGGCGCACUUUUGUUCCGCGGCUUUCAGAUCGAAGACGCGUCUGCCUUUGAAGCCGUGGCCCUGGCGAUGGUCCCCAAUCUCGAGAAGGAGUAUUUGGGGACCUCCCCACGAAGCGGGAUUCAUAACACGACGUAUGUCUUUACGGCUGCGGACUUUCAACCACAUCGAACAGUUCCAGUUCAUAUAGAGAUGUCUUUCCGCGAUUUCCCUCCUGCAACACAGCUCUUCUAUGCCAAGAGAGUUGACCAAUGGGUGGGAGGAGAAACGCCCCUCACCGACAUGCAGGUCACCCAUCACCACGACCAUGGUGUUGAUGGUCAUCACCAUCACCAUCAGGAUCAGGCGGACUCUGGUCGUGGAAUGUCGUACUCGGAGCACGAGGAAACCGUGACGCACACGGGAGCCCAUGGCCAGGGUGACGGCGGCCAUGUUACAGUGCGACAUCACAUCAUCUCGCAUCAAGUACAGAACGAGCCUCACCGGCAACGCUAUGUGCCGCCAGCCGAACCACCGGACGACUUACGCCUCUUAGACGAGCCACAGGUCGAGCCCUUGCAGCCAAAGAUCAUCGCUGGCGGCCUUCUUGCCAUCUUUGCUCAGGUUUAUCUCUGGGGCAACGUUUUCGUCACCUUGUUCAAGCCCAACCGUGCUCCGGCGCAGCCAGGAGCCCCUGCACCUCCGGGUCCUGCGGCGGGUCCUCCAGCUCCUGGUGCUCCGGCGCCGGCUCCCGAGGAGUCCGCUGCGCCUGCGCCGCUAGUGCUCUUCGGUGCCGGAGGCACUCUGGGAGACUCUGCGCCUGUAACGCGGCCGUCACCGACCGCCACCAACACGGCCGCAGCAUCUUCGUCGUCUCCACGCGACAGCUGA